AAGGAGACGGACUGGGGAAGAGGGGAAAGCCGGCGCAUAUAGCGAGAGGAAAUGACGUUAGUGCCCCUCCCGGCAGGUUGGGGCCUAUCGUAUAGACCCAGCUCCGAGUUCUUCCGCGAAAGGGGUGGAGCCAGAGAAAAUCCGCCCACAGUGUUUGGAUCCAUGUUGUAGGAAGCUCGGGAGGAGCGCGCCUUGCGCGAUGGUUUACAUCUCGAACGGUCGAGUGUUGGAUAAUCGGAGUUCUUGGAGCAUAUCUUCUAUAACUGAAUUGUUUUGGGGAGUAGUAGAAUUUGUGAUUCUCUAUAUCCAGAGCAUCAUUAACCCACAUGUGGUAAGAAGAGGCACUUCAUCUUCUGCCUUUUCAGGAUAUGAUGAUGGAAGAGGACCUCCUGGAUUUCCACGCCGUAGAAUGGGUCAAAUAAAACAUCUUGGUGGAGGCCCAGCUCCACCACCAAUGGGUGGAGGUGGAUGAGGAAGGUAAAUGCCUGCUGUAAGAUGCAGGCAACUGGAUAUACAUAUUUGCAAGACUGAGAAGACCUACUGAGGGCUGGACCAAGCAAGUCUGGGGGUUGUGCAUAUGUAUGUCUAAAUGAAACACUGCUCUGCAGAUCAGCAGAACAAUGAAGUUGUGCUGGGAAUUCCAUUUUUCAGGAUCCAGGAUAACUGAAAUGCAGUUCUAUUAAAUUAAUUGCACCUAUUUUACUGUGUCUUAAGCCUUUUUGUAUCAUCUGUGAACAUUUUUCUUUACAUGUAAAGUUAUAAAUAUAUAGCUUUACAAAA